AUGAAUGACUCCCUGAACGAGGACCCCUCCAUGCAGGCGACCUAUGCUGAGGGGUUCCCCAUGGCCAAGUCCAUGCCGUCCCCUCCGCAAACCAGCCGGCCGCUGGUGGUGGAGCCGGUCGAGGCCGUCCGUACCACGGUCACUCGCACCACCACCGUCACGCCGGUCCAGCAGGAGAUCGUCGAGCCCCGAGGGCCGGUCAUCUACCAGCCGCCCAAUCCGCCGGUGGUGCCGGACGGCGAGGCGCGCCGGUUCAGCGUCGUGUCGCCCUACUCCAAGUAUCGCGAUCCGCAGCAAAUCCGCCGGCUACGGUGGAUCUACAUCAUUGCCGGCCUGCUGAUGCUGGCCCAGAUGAUUGUCCUGGUGGCCAUUGCGGGCAGUCUCAACCAGCCGAAGUACCGGAUUUACACCAUGUUUGCCGGGUAUGCUCGUGGUGAUCGGCGCUUCCGCUACAUCAACCUCCAUCCGCGCGGGUUCAUGACCGUCGCGCCGUAUGUGUCCAUCUUCAUGGGGAUCAUCGGCGCCUGCUACCUGCUGGGUGGAAUCUUCGCCGGCAAGAUGCAGUCCUCCAUUGCCCGGCGCGGCAUCAACUACUGGCACUGGUUUGGCAUGCUCCUGUCCUUCACUUGGCUCAGCUUCAUUGUGGCCUGGGCCGUCGGUGUGUCGGACAUGUUCCUGCUGAUGAACAUUGCCUUCCUGACUUUCGGCAUGGUGGGCCUGUGGCUCAUGCAGCAUGUGGUCAAUCCGCCGGUCGACGGGACGCGCAACUUCUGGGGCCAUAUCAUGGGCUGGAUUCCCUUCCUCAUGAUCAGCACCACCCUCAUGGCUUUCCUUUGGAACCGGGAGAAUCGCUCGGCCAAUGCCCUGAUCUAUGUGGCGGUCUUCCUGACCGUGGUCCUGUACCUGCUGAUCGGCCUGGUUCAGAUGUUCCACUUCAUCAAGCACCGCCGGUAUGAGGCCAGCUACACCACCGACAAGAUCUACCUCUUCCUGAACUUCAUCUUCCUCAGUGCCAUCGGCUGGGUGAUCUUCGCCUGCUUCACCGGCAAGUUCAACGACUUCGACACGGACGAUCCCAAGUAA